AUGGCUUUCGCGUGUCUUGUCCGAGUUAUGGCUGUCGCGCCGCUGCUGGUGCAGUUUGGCGAUGCGCAGUCAGGCUAUGGGAGUGUGCCAUUCAAGGCUACCGUGCCUGGCGCUACGUCUUUCGUUGCGCCCUCCGGGUUUCCCACUGCUGCGUUUCCGUCAUAUUACCCAGUUCCGAGUGGACAGGAGCCGCAGCCUGCUCUGGUUGACCCGGUGCUGAACUUUACGUUCCCGCACAACUUGACGAACCCGGACACGAUUCCAGACCAUGAUCCGGAUCCUGUCUACUUCCCCAAGCCAGUUGCGAAUCUCACGAGACGUCAGCAAGAAUGGGUCAUUUCUGAUGUUGUCAAUCGCGUCAAGGAGAUCAUUCACAGCCCAUAUCUGCCAACCAAUUGCUCGAAAUGCAUUGCAGCGCUUUCCGUGGCAAAGCCUGCAGCUCAAUUCGCUCCCACGCUCGUACCAGCUGCGAUGGUGAGCCUCUGCAAUGAGACCAAGUUGCAUUCGGCCAGUACCUGUGAGCAAGACUUUGCGGUCGAUACUUUCGGCACUAUCUGGACUCAGAUUCUGGCUUUGGCAGACGUUUCCGGUCUGGAUGGCCAGUACAUCUGCAACUCGAUCUCCUCUACGUUCUGUCCGGCGCCUACGACCUCGCCACUGAACACCACAGGUCUCUUCCCGAAACCGAAGCCGAAGAAUCCCAAGGUUCACAAGCCGAGUGGAAAGCAUGUGAAAGUGCUGCACAUGAGUGAUUUCCACGUCGAUCCUCGCUACAAGGUCGGCUCUGAGGGUAACUGCACAUCUGGCCUGUGCUGUCGUAGCAAUGUCGAGAACUCGAAUCUUCCUAAUGGCUCAAUCAGCUAUCCAGCUCCUGCUUUUGGAUACUUCGAAUGUGAUACACCGUAUGAUCUUGGUUUGGCUGCCCUCCAAGCCGUGGGUCCACUGACUGGCACGUCGAAAGAGAACCCCUUGGCAUGGACAGUCUAUACUGGCGAUCUGGUUUCUCAUGACCCGCAGACUGAACUUAGCCGGGCUUAUACCGAGUACGCUGAGGUGUCCAUCUACAAUUAUAUGUUCAAGAAGUACCUGACUGGACCUGUUUUCCCGGUUCUGGGAAACCACGACACGAAUCCAGAGGCCAUCGAUUCUCCACAUUCUCUUCCAGGCCCACUUGGACAGCAGCAGAGCUGGAACUAUGACCAUGUGUCUGCGCUCUGGAGACACGAAGGAUGGCUUGACGAAGCAGCAGAGAAGCAGGCGAGAACCCACUACGGCGCUUACAGCAUCAAGAAUCACUACGGCCUACGCAUGAUCACGUUCAACAGCGAUUUCUGGUACCGCUCCAACUUCCUGAACUUCAUCAACACCACCAAUCCGGACAACAGCGGCGUGUUCAAGUUUGUGAUCGAUGAAUUGCAGGCUGCUGAAGAUGCCGGCGAGCGUGUCUGGCUGUUCGCCCAUGUUCUUUCUGGACGAGAUGGAAGCAACCCGAUCCCAAACCCUACGAACCUGUUCUAUCAGAUCAUCGAUCGAUAUUCGCCGCAUGUCAUCGCGAAUGUGUUCUUUGGGCACACGCAUGAGGAUCAGAUGAUGAUCUAUUACGCUAACAACGGAACAAACCAAUCCCUCAACACAGCGCUGACCCCUGGCUGGAUCGGCCCAUCAGUGACACCUCUCACCAACCUGAACUCUGGUUUCCGCAUGUACGAGGUCGACACUGGCACUUUUGACAUCUACGAAGCCUACACCUGGUACGCCGACGUCAACUCCUUCUCCAACCUAACCACCCACGGCCCAGUCUUCGAAUUCGAGUACUCCACUCGCGACACUUACGGUCCAGCAGCCGGCUGGCCUCAGGAUGCGCCUUUGAAUGCGACGUUCUGGCAUGCUGUCACCGAGGCGAUGGAGAAGGACCACAGCCUUGUUUCCAAAUUCACGCAGUUGCAGGGGAAGAGUAGCGUGAAGAGCCCGAACUGUACCAAUAGUGCUUGUGCCGAAGCGCAGAUCUGUUAUAUUCGAUCUGGGAGUGUGGCGCUGGGAAAGAAGUGUCCGCAAGGGUAUGGCAGUGUGCAGAGUGCGUUUACUCCAUCGAGUUGA